AUGGUUGCUGCGGCGAAGCUUGAGCGCGAGGCAGUGGAGAAAAAGAACGAGCAGCUACGGUCUCAAAUCAAAGAUACAGAGUCGCUCCUUGCCUCGCAUCAAGAACAGCUAUCAGAGUUGAAAUCCGUCCUACACGUAAUGAAUAUCUCCAAGGACGACCUAGAUGGCCGAACAGCCAUCUCGACCGCACCCCCAUCGCCAGCUGGACCACUGCAGCACAGUCUCAUCCGGAAGAGUAUGGACGCAACAGACAUUCCUGGCGAAGUUGUCUUUGCCGAAAUUGCACCUGGACCUUCCACCAGCUUUCCCCAUCUCAUUAAGACGGUAUGCCGAACAGAUAUGAUUGCAUACGAUGAUUUCCGCGAGCUUUUCACUCUGGUAAAAAGCUCCAAGCCUCCAAGCAGGGCAACCAGUGGGUCGUACUCCGGUCUGAAUGUCAUGAGCUUGGCAAGUUUCAGCGGUGCUGGCUUCGGCUCAGUUACUUCCUCGCCGUCAAAAUCUCAACCCCACUCACCGAACGGAAGUGUUUCUUCUCCUCAACCCGCUGGUUCGAGCAUUCCUCUCAAGGAGGCGCGUUUCUAUAAACGUGUUGUGAUGGAAGACAUCGAACCGACCUUGCGACUUGACGCUGCCCCUGGUAUAUCCUGGUUAACACGACGAAGCGUGCUCAGCGGUAUCUGCGAGGGAAGUCUUGUCGUUGAACCGAUGCCAUUGGAUGUCAAAAAAUACGAAUUCCCGUGCUCGCUCUGCGGCGAACGACGAAGCGGCUCCGAUAACGAGAGAACUCACCGCUUCCGGACGUCGGAUAGUGAAACAGCUCAACGAUACCCGCUGUGUGUUCUCUGUCUGGAAAAGGUUCGCUCGUGCUGCGAGUUUACGGCUUAUCUUCGUCUCAUCCUUGACGGCCACAUUCACGCCGAGGAACCCGAUGAGAUCCAGGAAGCAUGGGAGGAAACAGUUCGCCUGAGGGAAAGAAUGUUCUGGUCUCGAAUUGGCGGUGGCAUCGUCCCUGUAUUCGCUCAGACACAUGCCCCAGAAGAACGACAUGAACAACAGCAAACCGACGUUCCAUCUGCCGAGGAACAGCAGCCGGACACUCUGUCUCUCGAGAUCCCAGGACUGAAGACUGAGCAGGAUGGAGGUCUACGGGACACUACUCAUGAACAGGAAAAGUCAACCGCAGGCACACAAACCCUCGCUGCUAGCGCCACGACUUAA